AUGGUAAAUGCCAUCAAAGGCUUGUUCAUCACCUGGUCAGUAUUGGGCUUGUUUCAUUACGAUAAACCCAUUAAUUGAAUCUCCACAAACUUCCUUAUGGCCUCUGCUAUCAACUGGCCUUACCCUUUUGUUUUCUUGGUCCAUUCUCUGCAGUGACAUCCCCAUGGCACAAUUCAUCAUCAACUUCAACGCCUCUCUUCCUGCUUCACAGAAGUUUAUACUGCAGAUUCUUGACGAUACCCACUUGUUUGUCCAGCCCCAUGCUGGGGAAAUGAUAAAGAGUCGCAUGUCAGAGUUCAGAGAACAGAACACCUACGAGAAGCCAACUUGA